UUGAGCAUGACCUUAACAGAAGGGCUCGAUCAUAUUUGCUGUGAUCUCUGGGUUGGAGAUGUGGUUGCAUUGCAUUGUGACCUUCCCUCAGCAUGGAAAGAUGGUCGUGAUAAGGCACUGACUGUGCUCACAGAUGCUCAUGUGUCUGCAGUCUGCUGCACAUUCAACAAGUUUUUUUUCCAGGAUGGCUGUGACCUCAUGCAUCCCUGGGGGGAAAACAAGUAUUUAGGGAUCACAUCAGACAUUGACGGUCACGGUGUUGAGUCAAGUGUUAAUUCUGCUUCCAACUGUCCCAUUCUGAGCAAGUCAAUGCUGGUUGUAGGUCCUACCAGCAUCGAAGAGGAGCCUGAGCUAGAUGAGGAUGCCCUUACUCUGGAGGAAGCCCUUACUCAUGAUGUUGCAUUUGGAAGCCCAAACGUUGACCAUACUACUCCAUCGACAUUGCAUCCUGACACUCCAGCUCUCAUUAGCGGCCCUGGGAUCAAUCCAGACAAUUACCUUCUUGUCCAUGGGAAGUACAUCCACAAGGAGACAAUCUGUCGAUGGGUACUCAACAAGUAUUUCAUCGCAAAGUCUCUCGAUAGACAGGAGCGAGUUGAUAGUGUCGGUUUCACAAAGGUUAAUCGUCGACAUGAGCUCCCAGGGAGGUCUAUCACUGGUGGUGAUACAUUCAUCAUUGGCAAUGUUUUCCUCACAAUCAUCUGCAUCAAUCUCACGCUUACUAUUGCACUUGUGUGUUCCACAUCAAUUGAACACCAUAGCAUUAUGCAUCAUCAUAUUCUUGCCUCAAAUGUUUGUGCUCCUGACGUCAAAAUCACUGGCCAAAUCUUAACAUUGAUCCCCACACACCAACCUGUUGAACAGCACUCCUGGCUUUGGAUGGGAGAUUAUGAAACAUACUCGGAGAUUCAAGGCAUCAAGCAAACUACAGAAAGG